AUGUUUUGGGAAUUUCGCUGCGGGACCGCAUCUGUGCAUUCAUUUCCUCCUCGCCCUCUCGUUGAAUGUUCAGCAUACCUCACCAACCCAUCUGAAACAUCGUUUCGAGCAUACCUCACUGAGCAAUCUUUCCGCCUUCAUUUGAGCCACCUCGAUGACCACCUCGAUGACAAGACGGAUGUGCAAACUCAGCCUGUUCAUAGCGUACGUCCUGGCCCGCCGGGGUCGGCUGCAUAUCGCCCUUCAGGCGGUGACCAUCUAGCGGCCUCGUUCCACUUUGCUAAGCGAGCUUCGGUCUCAUUACGAACCCCGAAACAUGUCUUCCACAAUUUCGGCAUCUGCACCAUCGCUGCCAUGAUGCCGAUUGGAAAGACACCAGGACGAAUUUGCAACACAACUAGCUAUCAUCUCCGUGAUCGUGAUGCAUCAUCGCUCAUAGCAGACUCGUGGUAUAUUGGCGCAUUUGGUAGAUGGUGGCGAGGCGGCGUUAUAGAGGCGUGGUACCGCGAUCUUAUCGCUCGUUCCAGUGAUGAAGAAAGCUGGAGUUCCGGAAUCCUAGGCAUCAAAUCGUUGGAUAAAUUCAACAACGAUUGUAAUGGUCUGCCGUUUACCGCGAAGACCCGAGAGUCAACCCCUAAAGUCAGAGGUCGAGAUAGACUACAAAGUAGCCAUCAGUCCCGGAGUCAAAGUCCGCCGCCACUGCCCCAGUCAGUUUCACUUCCAUUGCACACGACGCACCAAGAUCUAGCACCAUUGGCUAUCCCAUCAACGUCUGAGUCCCCUAUCGUCGGUUCACAUUCUAGGCCAGUUUCAGAUACAGCACCUCCGGAUGUCAACUCUGCUGUGCCACUGUCUAGGGCAUCGUCAGUUACCUUGUUUGACCAGUCUCCCCUCAUCGCGGAAGUUCUACGCCAGAUUUCGGCCGCUAAGACCUCCAUACAGGACGCUCGUACUCAACUCACGGAACAACAGGCAUCUGCUGCUCAGUCCCACGCUUCUCUUCAGAGUGAAGUAACUAUCCUCCGGGAUCGAAAGCGAGAUGAAGAAGCUACACGGCUUGAUUUGAAGUCUCGCACCCGCGCCCUUGAAGAAACCAAACGCGUCUCCGAAAGUUCGCGUCGCGAUGCUGAGCGACGCUUGAAGGCCGCCCGUUCCGCCCGAGACGAUGUUACUCGCCGCUUGGAAUCCCUUUCAAAGGAAAUCCAAGCCUUACAAACCCGGUGUGACGAGGAUAUAAGCGACAUCGAAGCGCGCAAGGAAAUAAAGGGCAUCACAGCGAUGGAGAUGGAAAUCUCAGAGGUGAUCGAUGAGAAGCGGAAAGAAAUGAAGGUGGCCGAGGAUGUCGUUGCUACGCUUGCAUUACGGGCGAAAGGUCUGGAAGAGAAAUUGGCCAACGAGAGGGAGAGGUUGAAGACGCUCAGGGCACGCGUCGAACACGACAGGCAAACUUUGGCUCUUGCUGCUUCGCAGCCUACCUCUCAGGAUCUUUGGACCAUCUCCCAGCAGCCUGGAUUUGUGCCUUCACCGAUUACGGAGUAUCCCGCUGAGAUUUUCGAUGCAGGCUUGCCUUCCCCUAUUUCUGACGAAGCAGCCUAUCACUUCAACAGCCAUAUUCAUUAUAAUCCAGAACAUACGUCUACCCACAACCAUUAUGAUGUGUCUCUUGGCCAAGGGGAUUUGUAUCCUACCCUCAUGGACUUCAAAGCCCUUUCAACCUCAGAGCACUAUCCCACUACCAACCUGUCACCGUUCAACAAUGAUUCCGAUAAUGGUCAGGACCAUGCACUAUUAAGUCUUUUCAACCGUAGGCCACUCGUUGCGCCAAAUUACAUCAGCACCUUGGAUUCGACACAACAAGACGCUUCGUCUUUCCCAAGCGAUCUUAGUUUCGACGGACGCUGGCGUAGAAAUGUCUCCUCAGGCAUCCAGGAACUAGGCAACACCCAAGGUAUUGACAUGUACCGUUUCCGACAUCCGUUGGGAACUUCUGAAAUGGGUGUCGCGGAAGACGCGUCAAAUCGAGACAUCUUGAGAGGACAAAGCGCGAUUCGUCGUGCCGUGCCCCAUCGCACUUACUCCGACCCACCUCACGUUCACAGCGCAGACCAGAGCUGGGAGGCAGUCGCCGCCGGUGGACAUGAUGGUGGUAAGGGCAGCUUCCCUCGGCGUUGGUUCUCUACAUCAUCAAAAGGUCCAAAGAAAGGUCUCAAUCCUGACGCGAAAGUCUUCAGUCUACCCAGCUUCAUCAAAGGCUCCAAUCCCGUCCUCGGUGCCUCUCUCGGUCUUCAGAGCUACGAUAAUCUCAACCCCAACGGCCUCAGCAUGACUUCGCUUUCCUCGACCGCCACUAGUGGCACGCUGUUCUCUGGAGCAUUUGCCCCAUCGCCUGCAGAGCGUGAGGUGCUUCAACGCGCGCUAGGUGGUUCAUCGAACGCUAGUCUCGAACGCCUUCCCAGUCUCAGCGACGUUGGAAGCAUCCCAUCAUCCCCGAAUCAUGUGCAUGCCACGGCUGUGAACAUGAACAAUGCUCCCGGCAUCGGGCUGGGUCUGCAUCAUUCGCACAACGGGAUGCCGCAGAGUCACCACAUGUUCCCUUUGCCCUCGUGGCUCCAGUCUUUGCCCCGUGUUCGCAAGCCGAACUUCAGUCCCUGGGACGACGAGGAGCCUGCGCCUUCUGCAUCUGAAGCCGGAAGGGGAGAUUUGAUGAAGUCCAUGUAG